GUCCCUUAUGAAAAACCUAUUUAACUCAAAACCAGAGGUCUCUGUCCAUCGUGCCGGAGCGUUGUUCUUCUCGCCGGCGAACCUGCAGAGUCUGUUUCCCUCUCACACCCUUCGUCGUAUCCAAUCCAAUGGGAAGUUCAAAACCCAUAUCUCCGUUCAGACUCUCCUCCCUCCUCCGAUCCCAAAAGGAUCCAUCUCUCGCUUUUCAAAUCUUCCUCAACCCUCAAAAUCAUUAUCGUUAUUCCAUUCUCUCCUACGACCUCAUCAUCACCAAACUCGGCCGCGCCAAAAUGAUCCCUCAAAUGGAACUUAUCCUUCAACAACUCCACAACGACACUCGCCACCGCGUCCCUGAACCCCUCCUCUGCCACGUCAUCUCCUUCUAUGCACGUGCCCGUCUUCCUUCACGUGCCGUUCAAACCUUCCUCUCUAUCCCUUCCUUUCGCUGCACCCCUACUCUCAAAUCAUUCAACUCCCUCCUCAAUGCUCUCCUCACUUGCCGCCGAUUUCAAACCAUCACUCACUUCGCAUCCCGUUUAAGUGAAUUCGGUCCCCCGAAUACGUGCACUUACAACAUUCUCAUCCGCUCAUGCUUCUUUCAAGGUCGAACGGAUCGCGCCUUGGAACUGUUCGAUGAAAUGCGCAGAACCAAUGUCUGUCCUGACCAGGUCACAUUUGGGACGUUAAUCCACGGUUUGUGUAAGGAUUCGCGGAUGCAUCAGGCGUUCGGAAUGAAAAAAUUGAUGAUCCAGGAAUUCAAGCUGAAGCCAUGUGUUUCUGUUUACACUAACUUGAUGAAAGGGGUUUGUGAGAUUGGGGAACUUCAUCGGGCAUUUGAGAUCAAGGAUGAGAUGGAGAGGAAUGGAUUGAGAUUGGAUGUAGUUGUUUAUAACACUCUGGUCAAUGCGCUUUUUAAGGCGGGGAGAAAGGAAGAGGCUUUAAGGGUUUUGGAGGAAAUGAAAGAGAGUGGUUACCAUUGGAAUUCAGUUACUUGUAAUGUAAUGAUUGGGGAGUUUUGUAGACAAAAGAAUUUCCAAGAAGCUUAUAGGAUUUUGGAUGGGGUGGAAGGUGUCAAGCCUGAUGUUUUUGGUUACAAUGUGGUGAUUGGUUGGUUGUGUAAAGUAGGGAAAUGGAGUGAAGCAAAUGAUCUUGUUCAGGAUAUGCCGCGGAGAAAGUGUGUUCCCGAUGUUGUAACAUACCGUACGCUGUUUGAUGGGCUUUGUCGGUGGACGCAGUUCCGGGAAGCUGCUAUUGUCUUGGAUGAGAUGUUGUUUAAAGGAUAUGUUCCCCAUACCAAGAGUUUGAAUGAAUUUGUCUGUGGGUUGUGUAGGGAAGGUAAUUUUGAGUUGCUGUCAACGGUUUUGAGUGGUUUGGCCAGUAGAGGAGAAUUCUGUAACGAGGGUAUAUGGAAUGUUUUGGUUUCCGUGGUUUGCAAACAGGAAAAGCUGGCAGCAGAACCUUUUAAAAUUUUCAAAGCCUUGGCGGUAUCAUGAACUGUAUUGUCGAUCUAAUUCUCUCCGAAAGAUUGCUGCAUGAAAUGAAAUUAUCACAGUGGCUGCAGGUUAAGAUUCACAGCAUUUUCGAGGCAACAUCUUGCACCUAGAGCUUCGGCCUACUUCAAUAUAUGCUCCAGCUUACAAGAAGAGAAUUUGGCAGUACCAGUUCUGUCAUAAAUGACCAUUCCCCGCCCUUUCGACCCUCUGUAAAGUUGCCAGCAUCAACAAAAAUAUUUGAAAUUGAUGCACUUUCUUGCUCAAUGUUGGGAGUUGCUUAAGCAUUUGAAAAAAGCAAAGUUACAGGCAUGCUCUACAAGAGAGUUUGGGUUGAAAAUUGUUGAUGCUACAUAUGUAACAUUGCACGAUCCAAAUGAAAUUGAAACUGAGGUAAUGGUUGAAAAGAAUAAUGGUAAGUUAUACUUCAAGGAUGAUUGGCAUGGCUUGGGAGAUUACUAUAAGAUCGCUCACAAAGUUACCGGCAACUAGUUCACUACAUCUGAUGUAACUAGUAGAAUGCUGUUCACAUGCAAAUAGACCUUGACUUGGCUGAGAUUCUGUCGAACUGCUCUUCUGAAUAAUGAGACAUAACUGAUUUUGGUGGAUUACUUUGGCUAUAACUGGAAAUGUGUAUUUAAGUUUCGCCAUGAUUCAGAGAUGAUCUGCACAAUUUCUGGAGUGGGCUAAUCUUUGCAAAGUACGAAGACUCUUUGAAGGAUUGCCUAUCAAGCUUGGAGUAUCUGAAGAAUCUGAUAAAGCAAUAUUUAGUCACACCUAUAGGAAAUGGAGUAUUCAAACCAUUUUUUAGACAGCAAUUUUUUAGGACAGGCUGCUGCGUUUUUUAUGGCAUUUUGAGACGGGGAUGUGGUAAUGUCAUAAUUUGGAAUACUAUCUUUGUUCUCUUUAUGCCGUACUCUAGAUUUUUUUUCUUCUUCUUAGUUGCGACAUAUUGGUUGCUGCAAAGUAUUCUCUGUUAUUGGAAUGAUGUACUUUUUUUAUAUCUUUGUUGCAACAUGGUUCAUUCUGAGAUCAGUCAAGUCCAUAUGACUGAGCAGUUAUGAGAACCCUGAUCUUAGAGCAUCCUUAUUUGCUCGCACUUUCUCUCUUCUAGAUUCCUUCAGCUUAACCAGGAACUCGUGCACUUGACUUCUUAGCUCA